CCGUGUGAAUGUGAAUGUCUUCCUGAGCCUGAGCUGAGGUCUGCUAAAAAUCGAGAAAUUUGAACUGGAAGACUGAUGUUAAUGUAGAUCUAGUCCAUGUGAGUAUAUUAGCAUCGUACAUAGAGCAGAACUUGCUGCUUUUAAAGAUGGCUAAAUAUGAUGUUGAUCGCUUUGAGAAUCCUCCUGAUGAAGACCUUAUCUGCUGCAUCUGUCAGUGUGUCCUUGAUAACCCCCUGGAGAGUCCCUGCCGUCAUGUCUUCUGCAAGGUCUGCAUCGAGACAUGGCUCACCAAUCGCAGCAACUGUCCCAACUGCCGCAAACGACUUCGCAUCUCCAAGCUUAAACCAGUUCUCCCAAUCGUCAGGAACAUGAUCAACCGGCUCUUAAUCAUUUGCGAAAACAGGGAACAUGGCUGCACUGGGGGAAUCAAGCUUGAGAUGUAUGAUAAACAUGUCCAGAACUGUGACUUUGCUCCGAUCAAGUGCUUGAAUACAGGGUGUGGACAGACUGUGCUAAGGAAGAACAUGCUGGCCCAUGAACAGACUUGCAAAUAUCGCCUGAUCAUGUGUAAGAAAGGGUGUGGGUUACCGAUCUCCAUGGAGAAGCUGAAGAAGCACAACUGCUUGGAUGAGCUGAAGAAAAGUAUGACAGCUAUGGAGGAGCAGUACAAGCAGCGACUCCUUGAAUUAGAAGCCAAGUUAAAUACAAAAAUUCAAGUUCUGGAGGAUCGUAUAAAAGCUAUGGAAGAGAACUGUCAACAGGACUAUGGCUCAGGCUGGGGAUCAGCGAGAGAUUCAUAUUCGUCUAUGGCCGGUUUUGAUGAGAGCGAUUCGCCGAGUAGGGAUAUGGAGUACACAGACAUUCAAGAUUUUGAGGAGAAUAAUGAUGACGAUAGUAAUUCAUACUAUUACUCUGGCAAUGAAGAUAAUGACUUUGAAAGCACUCCUGAGUACCAGGAAGCACAGACCUAUGAAGUGUAUUCCCCUGAUGAACCUCAUGUGGAAGAAGAGCAGCAGGGGCAUGACGAGGAGGAGGAAGAAGAAGUUGGAGAAGAGGAGGAAGAUUCAGACACUGCAUUCUUUCUCAAUUCUGAUAUGGACAGCAACAAUGACUCAGAGGGUGAUCUCAACGAUUCCUUGCUUGACAGCAGCGAUUCUGAUUCCAUUGCGGAUGAUCAGGAACCUGUUCAAGUCUAUGAAGUUAGCCCAACAAGCCCUCACUCUGACCAUAACCUGCACCAGGAGGAUUCCUCUUUGAUUGAAAAUGUGAGUUAUGAGGAAGUGAGUGAUCCAGUAUCUGUCAAUUCCCCCCAUAGCAGCACUCACCGAGAUCGUGGAAGGAGAGACCAGCAUAGGCAACACCAGGAUGGGGACAGAGAUCAGCAGACUGGCUUUCACGAAGAGCAAUCUCUUACUCAUGAUGGAGCACCUGCUGAGGGAUUUUAUCCCCGUGACAAUAAUUAUGAUAAUGAACACUCAUCUCUGUGCAGCCUUCGUGUUGAAUAUGGCAGCUCGGGAAGAGCUUCCCCCCGUGAGAAUGAGCAGGGUUAUGCAUCUGAACCUGUGGAAGAACCAGAGGCAAACCUUUCAUCCAAUGUUCUUGAACCGAUUAUAAUUCACGUAGAUCCUCAGAGUGGAGAUGGGAGGAGACAUCCAGAUGAGGCAAGCAGGAGAAGGCGAAGGAGCCGCGAAACCAACAGGGCACAUCGCAGGAGCUCAAGGAAUAAAAGGAGCCGUCACUCCAGUAAUAGAGACAGGACUGGGCAACCUUCCCAAGCAUCUGAUGCAGCCUCUGAGCAUGAUGCUCCCCUUCCUGGAGGUCACCAGGAGGAAACUGCCGCUUCAAGAGAUGGAAGGGAAUAUUUCUAUGGCGUUCCCGUGGAUGAAUCAGACUCCAGUGCAGACCCACCAUGGGAGAGAAAGUCAGAAGAUGUCUCUUCAGAUGUGAGUAUCUCUGACGAAUCAUUGCUCAUGUACGAUUCUUUCGACGAUGAUGACGAUGAUGAUGAUUUUCUAAGUAGCAGCCCGGAAGUGUAUGAAAAGUUCAUUUCUUCUCUUCACAAUGUGGACUCAAGUGAAAGUGAUAAGACAUGGGUUCCUGAUGACCCAGCUUCUGACAUUGAUGGUGUCGAGGACAACACUGCUGACCCUGCUAAUCGUCAUGGUGAAGAUACAGACCAAUUAAACUCAGAGACCCCUGACAGGAGUGGCUCUCAAGAAGACCCCAGACAGGUUGCCCAGUCUCGCCGCAGUUCUAGGACAAGAUUAUCUAGAAGGACUAGGUCUAGACAAGGUGAUAGGCCAGCGUCAGACAGGGAUCCAGCGAGUCGAUCAUCAGAUAGUGAGACUGUUAACCCGACAAGAAAGAGACCGGUGACAGAAGAUAGCAGUUCAGAGAGCGAGAACACUGAGGAUAGCAAGCAACAUCCCGCAUGGAAGAGGAGAAGAUAAAAUCAAAAUUAGGUGAUUGCUUUGGCCUUCUCAGUAAUUAUUAAACUCCUCCUUGGUUUUGGAGAUUUCCACUUGAAAUGAGAGUCAUUGAUUCUGGAUCAUACUGCAGAUGUUUGUUAAAUAGCCAGAAUAUGGAAAAUUCUCACGAGCCCAUUCCAAAGACUAGUGGCCUGGGUGUUCCACAAAGAGUUAUACAUCUGACUAUCGUCAUUCUAAAGUACCAAUAUGUGAUAUUUUAAACAUAUUUUAAGCAUGCUUUUCAUGUGCAAAUUCCAUGCAUCUGUAUUGUGCAUUGUUUGCAUCCUUGUUCAGAUCGGCCCUCAGAAGAGAUGGCAUCAAAGUGGGGUUACAAUGUUUUCAUGAAACGGGGGCCCCAGAAGUAAAAACCUCUCUGAAAUACCACUAUACAAGAUGUCAGCCAAGUAUCAAACAUGACAACAGUUCUUGUAUAAAUCUUCAAAAUUUAGUGGAUUAUUAUCUUGUUAUUGUACAAGAUAACAUGUCUUUGUGGACCAAUUCUGUUUUAUAUGAUUUGAUGGUGGUAUUUUCCCUUGCUCUAAUUUAACAAUAGGUAGGACAAAACAAAUACAUUUUUUCCAUUAAGGCCACCGCACACCUUACGACCCGACCAGUCUCCGACUGGGUGAGGGGA